GAAAUCCUUUGUAACGGAUCAUCCAUUUAAAUAUACCGUCAUGACUAAGCGGCCACGAAUAGCAGAAGUUCUAUGACUUGGAUCGAAGAAAGUAUGAUGCCUUAAUUAAAGUAUGCUUUAACCAAGUGUUGGUUAAUGGUACUCUGUGAGUACAGCGUGGUGGUACCCCGCGACCGUGCUUGGAGAAUGGUAUUCUAUUACAAGAGGUUAGGGAACCACUGGUCUCAACCGCACUCAUCACGUCAACCAGAUUCCGUUUGGCGAACGGUUUACAACAGUUGAAGCAAAAUAAAUGGAUGCUUUGGUUGACGUAAGCGUGGAAGAAUUUCAUGCGGUUUUUAAACAAAAUUUCAACUGAGCGAGCGUGUCAGCCGAUGUUCCGUCGGCAAAACUUGCACCAUGUCACGUUUGACUUCGUGCUCCAAGAAUUCACUUGCGUCACAGCUAACGAUGUCAUCGCUGCCGUACGUGCGCUACCUAACAAGCAGUGUGCCAGCGAUCCGCUGCCGACGUCUUUACUUAUGGGGAAUGUCGUAACCGGGUAACCCUAAUACCUUUUCUGGUCCAACUUUUAAACCACUGCCUCACCGACGGUGUUUUUCCAGAGAACUUCAAAUCGGCUUACAAAAAUUACGCCUCUAUUGAAAACCGUAUCGACCCAUCUUCAACCUGCCGAUUUUAACGAAACUCCUGGGACGCGUUGUGACUUGACGGCUGAAUAAUCAUCUUCAGGACACCGGUCUCAUGCCUUGCCUACAUUCUGCAUACCGAUAUCUUCACUCGACGGAAACCACUGUGAAGAAGGUGCUUUCAGAUAUUCUGCGAGCUGUAGACUGCAGCAAAAUUGCGGCACUGACAUUACUCGACCUGUCGGCCGCGUUUAAACCGGCCGCGUCGACCACGCCAAUUUAUUGCAUCGACUUGACGUAUCAUGCAUUUGGCCGGCGAGGCACAGUGCAGCGGCGGUUCGAGUCCUAUCUCAUAAAUGGAUUUUAAUGCCUUCAACUCGGGAACUUAUGAUAUGAUAUGUGAGGUCGAUUAAUAUAUUUUGAUGUUUAAAUUGAGUUGAUGCAAUUGUUUGCUUCAUUUACCUAGAGAAGGAAAAUAAGACAAGGAAGUUGUGAUGGAUGACGCGCGCCUCUUAGGUGUGUCGGAUUCUCGUUUUUCGCCCUAAUUUCCUCGUACGCUCACAUAACUUGCGCAUUGCGGAACAGGUAUUUGCCAUUGAUGAAGAUCAUUUGAGAGUUCGAGGCUACAGCCAUGAGGAUUGCAAGGGGAAUUUCAGCAGCUCUAAGUGCAUUGAUACUCGUGUCAGUGAUUGUGGUGAUUUACAUCUCGUAUGCCGCGCAACUUGAUCACAAAAGAAACUUUUACUUCUCGGGCACAAAGCCUGCUUUGGAGAGGCGAAAGCUCUGGGGGAAUAGCUCAAAUUGCAAAUCUAUGUUCUCUUUAUUGGAUGGAGAUGACAAUUCAAGUCUCGAUAUUCCUCAUGACAUUAAGCGAAUUAUUGUUAGGUUGAAACAUGAUUUGAAGAAUGACGACGUCUGGGACUGGGAACCUUAUGAGAAAAUCAGUCUGCAUUUGUCUUCGGCGAUAAGGAAAAAAUUUAGAGCUUUUGAAAGUGCGCCGUUUAACGACACGCUCAUGGGCAUGGAGUGCGGAAAACUGUUGCAUUUCUCCGAAAUAGCUGAUGUUGUGAACAUAUCGUACGAAGAAGUUUCUAUGGCUAAAUUGUGCAUGCUAUGGAAGCAAAAACACUUCACUUACCAACUGAAUCAGGGAAAGAACAUUUUGAUGAAAUAUAAUGGCAAGCUUCCGUACCUUAAUUGUAGAAUGAAUUAUAAAUUUUCCCCUAAAGAAACACUGCGAUGCUUCAGGAAUGCAGUUCACAAAAAGAACGCGUCCGUUCUUAUUGAGUUCAUCGGCGACUCCAAAAUAAACCAAGUGUUCGAAGCUUUCCUCGUUGAAACGAAAGAAAUUGACUAUGAAAUUAUAAUCACUGGCAAGGAACGCACCAGCCAAAAAUACAGCCUGUGGGAUUGGCUGGUCCAGGCAUUGAGGCGCCGCAAUCGCCAGCAGGUCGAAGCGACUGUGAGGUCAGCGCCAGGCUUCACAGUCAGGAUGCACUUCGCGAGCUUCGACGAAAUAAAUGAUGAAGAAAUCCUCCAGUCUGACAUCUACAAGAAACUUCUAAGCUGGGCCCUGGGCGAGGAGCCUCCGCCUGACCUCAUCAUAAUAGGAUAUGGUACGUGGAUGAUGCUGGUGGAGUUCCAUCGAAAAGAGUUUCGGCCACCCUUGACUCUCUUGCAUAACCAAUGGGACAUCCACACCGCCGUUCUGCGCAUGUUGUUGAACAUGAAGGAUACUACACGAGUCUUAUUCCUCUCUCAAAAUAUGCAAAAGCCCCAUGCCUACAAGGAAAAAGAGCCUGCUCCCGUUGAAGAACGAUCUCGAAUUCCAUGGAUCAAUUUCUCGAAUCUCGGAUGGCUCAAUCUUAGAGAAAAACUCACCACAUUUUAUGCGCCUUACGCUGGAAGAAAUAAAUCUGAUUUCUGGGGAGCAGUUUUUGCAAGACGUGGCAAUGCAUUUUCAUUUCUGCCGAAGUCCAUUUCAUUUCGAGAUCGUUUCAGAAUUCUUAUGGAAGAACUGCCAAGUGUUAGUAAGGAGUCCCACAGUAGUCAACAUAAAUCUUUAUCGGAUCCUGAAGGACAUGCGGGGAUUUGGUUCUGGGAUUCGACACAACCUGUGGCGUUUGCUUCGUUGCGCGAUUGCGAUACGCUUUACCAUCACGAUCCAAUGUCGACAUGCAUAAUCCCGUAUACCUACAAUAUAGACCCAAAGACUACCCACAUUUAAGCGUAUGGUCUGCUCAGUAAGUUGAACUUUCCACCGGAAAAACUUUUCCGGCUCCGCAAUCGUCUAUCUGAUGAGGUUCGUUCACCAACAGCCAACGUAACUAAGGGAAUAAGACUAAACGCCGAAGUGUACAUAAAUACUUUUUUUCGUAAAAUGAAAACACUUCCAAAAAAUGUAUUUGUUAAGCAUUCAGAGUCUUCAUUUGAGCCAGGAAAUUUAUAUAUAGAUCAACUUGACGAUUAUUAUGACAAGUUUGCAACAGCUUACGCCUCCCAAGACUUGUACUGCCGAGAUGCGAUGCAUGCUGGCUACCUAGUCAAGCAAGUGGAAGCGUUGCAGAUCCUCAAUAUGAUUUGUAAUCAAUUCAUGGACUUAGAUAGUAGCUUUUGUUGUCAUAAUUAACAGAGACGCAUAAUCACUAACAAUCCAUCUGGGACCUGCUGUGGUAUUUAAAGAACCUGAUGUGGUUCGACGGAUGGAUGCUACGUUGUGACGUCCGAAGACUGACAUCUACAUAAAUUCCUGCUUGUAAUU